AACCAACACCCACAGUAAUAAUAACAACUCCAAGUCAAAGAAGAUGACACAAUUGUUUGCACCUCCUUCCAUCUCGCCUCUCUCCUCAUGCAGUUAACAAUGUAGCUGGGACCAGUUUUGAUCAACACACACACACACACACACACACCCUUUUAUUCGAUAAUGUGCUCACACAAACACACCACAAACAGGUGAAGCAAAGGGAAGGUCAACCUGUAUGGACACGUCCCACAAGGGGCGGGGUUCGAGACAACACACACACACACACACACACACACACACACACACACUUGCACACAGAAGGAUGAUUUGCUGUGUGCAUACACUCUCCAAAGGUCACUCUGGAGUUCUCAGGUCUAAGGAUGGACGGCGUCCUGGAGGCGACGAUCGCUCUGUGUGGAUGCAAAGUGCUGUGCAGCGUUCUGUGUCUUCCUGCUUUCAAAAACUCCAUCUCCUCAGUCAGCCUGUGCUGCAUUUGCCUCUUGCUCUUCACUGAUCUCUCAAUCACUAUGUUCCUGGUGUACCUUUGGUCUGCUGCACCCAGACCUUUGUUCUUUCACCCGUCUUCUGAUGUCCUCGCCCUGCGCUUCAUGCUGUUCCUUAGUGACACCUACGAGGCUGUGUUGAUUCUGACCCCGCUGCUGGUGGCUGUGGAACUGCUGGUUCGUCUCUUAUGGGGUGGAGAGACUGUGACAUCGAUUGUGGACGAAACAAAAGAGGACACGUUGUUUUUAAAAGACGUUGACGGAGUCCCCUGGAAGACUAGACGACAACAGAAAGGAGAGGAGAAAGAGAACAAUGCAGAGUUCUUAAAAGCUUUAGGUUUCCUCGGUUGCCUCAUGCUUUGGUUCAUGUGUGGGACGUAUGCCGGGUUUAGUUGGAGGCAGGAGCAGAUGAUGGUGAGAUCCUGCCUGGAAAAAGGCAGCUUUCUCUCGACGUGCCUCCCUUGCCUCCUCACUGCUUCUUCACCAGUUAGCAGGCAACUAUUUUGGGCUCUACCUGCUGCUGUUCUCUUGCUAGCACUCACUGCAGUUCUGAGCUUGAUCGUUGCAAAGCUGACCCCCACAAUUGUUCAUCCAGAACUGCUGAAAUGCACAGAGAACUUUGAUGCCCUCCAACAAACGCAAACACAUCCACCCACACUCGAGAGGACCUCUGUUCCUGCUGUGAGCUUCUCACACAAUUGCGACGUUGACACAGAAAAGACAGCGAACAGCUGCACCAUUCAAAGCUCGCAUAAUAAACGACGAUGGGCUUACGGAAAGCCAGAACCAUUAUCUUGGAGAACAGAGCUGGCUGACAGCUGUAAAUUAAAAAGCGAGAGCAUCACACUCGUCUUGCAAGCGCACUGCACGGCCCCGCACCCUCACAAGAGCCGGCUUUGGCAGACUGUGAGGGAAAGUCCCUGCCUGAGGGGAGAACUAAUGACAGGACUGCUGUGUGGGCUUCUGGUGUGUGUCUUUCCUACAGUUCUCAGCACCAACAUACUGCUCGUCAGCAACCUGGACACUCUGGCUGGGUACAUCGUAAAGCAUCUGCUCACUCCACUGCACGGGUUACUGUGGAUCCUGGGAAUACUGGGAACAUGGCAGGAAAUCAUGCACACGGGAGGGUGCAGGGGAUUUAGAUUCAUCUACUGAAGGAAACUGGAGGACACAGAGGAAACCCACAUGGAGAACAGUUUAUCCUGGAGACUAGAGCCCAGGAACACUGGCUGUGAAUACCCAGUGGAUGGGAAUCCAUACGGGGCACCACACACGGCCGCUACCAGCAUGUUCUUGGGAGGAAACUGGAAAACCCGGAAGAAAUCCAUACAGACACAGGAAGAACUUGCACAGAAUAUAACCCAAACUCAGGACCGAACCCCAAAACGUGGAGCUGUGAGACAGCAAUAUGUGCACAAGGGCUUUAGCUAGGGAUUGUUUAUAGUGGUGGUUUAGAUAUUGACUGAUUCGAUAUAGUUAUGUUAAGCCAUGUUCUUUGGAUUUGUAAUGUUCAAUAAACAAUGCAAGCUUUUAUUACAUGAAUAA